UCAUUUCAAAACCCAACCGCUCAUCUCGACAACAGAGUAAUUUUUGCGAAUUUCAAAAAGAAAUCUCGAUUUUUCGUGUUAGUUCUUUUAUUCGGGAACAUCGAUAGGUGAGGACAUAAACCCGAAGGCUCAGGGUUUCCUUUGAAGCUGUAAAACCUCAUCAUUGAUCAAUGGAAGAUACUGAGAACAUAUUGCCGAGUGCACCAGAACCUGUGAAGUCUGUCUUCUCUUUUGGCAACCAGCCAAUAUUGGCAAGGAGAAUUCUACAGCAAGUUAACAGCGCUAAUGAGAAUGGAAACAUCUGUGAGCGUGACCAGAGCUUGGCAAUCGAAGCUGUAACAGCCAAAACUCCAAAUGGGGACUCCGUAAAUUCAAUCCCACCGCAACUGAUAACACUGCCACCAUCAGAAGAAAAGCAAAGCCCUGAAGAAGAACAAUCACAAGCUCUCACAGACACAAAUUCUGCGAGUUUUGCGAGUCUCAACACCCUCUCUGUUUCUGAAGCCAACUUCAAUACAGCGGGAGGAGACCAAAGCAGGCCAAAAUCAACAGACACAGACAGUCUCGAUUACGAAAGUGCCGACGAAGCUGUUUCCCUAAAGAAUGAGACGCCAAUUGAGGAAGAUGGUGACGCUCAUAACAAGUCUUUAGGCUUAGACGCGUUAGCCAACAAACUCUCCAAUCUCUACCUGAACAGCCCAAACCCUCAUAAGAAACCUCCUGCGUUUCACAACGAAGACCAGAGCAACCACCCCGUUCAUUCACAGCUUGAUGAGUCGGACAGUGACAUCUCGUUUACUGCCAGCUUUGUUGAGGUUGUUAAACUUGAAGAGAGUAGUGAAGGAGCUGAAAAACCAGGGCUCAGUUGUAUUGUUGAAGUGGAAAGCCCCAUCGAAGAGGAAACUCUAAUCGUUGAGGAAGUAUCAGAGCCUGAGGAUCAACCUCAAUCCAAGGAACAGUCUAACGCAGAACUCCAGCCACCUAAGCCCAAGGAGCAACCUGAAACCUCUGAAUCAGAACUUCAGCUGCCUAAGCUUGAAGAGCAACAAGACGAGACUAAAGUUGAAGAGGUGCAAGAAAGCCCCCGUGUUAUUGAAGAAGCUCCUCAAGAAGCUGCAGCUAGAGAAGAUCCUGUAGAGGAGAGUCACUGUGGUUUUGAGCAAGAAGUUCAACCCUGCGAAGUUCCGCUUCCAGAAUCAGAGCCAUCCUCUGCUGAACAAUCUCCCAAGGAAAAAGAGUCUCCUGCUGAACAGCCAGAGGUUGUAGAUAGCCAACCUGUUGUCAAAUUUGAUUCCCAGAAGAACGAAGUCAAGUCGUUGGCAGAGCUAGCCAAAGCUUGCACUAGCAACUCCCAAGAAGAAACUGCCACAGAAAUUACUCUGGUUGUUACACCUAUAGCAGAGCAAGAAACACCAAUUGAGGUUACUGUCGAAGAAAAUUCUGAGACGGUAAUUAGUGAGGGAGCUACUGAUAGCAAACUAGAAAUAGUAACCUCAUUAGCUGCUGCGAAUGAAACUUGUAAUGAAGAGCCCGAAGAAUCUCACAUUCCCGAAAACGUUCCUGUAGUAGAUCCUACAGAAAGCAAAGAAGAAACGGUUACGAUUAAGACAGCUGUUGUAGAGCCAAUCCUUGCUGUAGCUGCUGUCAAUCAGGAGGAUCCCAAAGAGCCAGUCAUUGAGGAAAAGUGCAUUACCGAGACUAAGGAAUUUCUCAUAGAAUCCAAGGAAGAUAAGCCAGUACUUGAAUUAGAAUCUCAAGAGCCCAUUGUAGAAGUUUCGUUUGAAGAGCCAACUCCCAUAUUUCUUGAAGCACCUUCAACGGAGCUCUCGCAGGUUGAAGUUGAGGUUGAGCAGUUUAAGGCUUUAGAAAUCAGAAGCAGUAUUGAACAACACAUUCCCAAGGAAGAGACCCCCAAAGAGCCAGAAGGAGAAAAAGAAGUAGACCCAGAGCCUGAGAAGGAAGUUUCAGAGGAGAAACCUGUGACAGAGAGGAAAAUAGCCCCUGCGACGCUGUUUAUUCAACAAAGUCGGGGAGUAACCAAUCCUCACAAAGACACACUUUUCACUUCCACAGGCUCUUUAAGUGAAUUGCUUGACCUCUGUGAAAAGCAGCAGAGAAACCUUGAAGACGAAGUUGACACUCAAGUCUUUGAGGAAUCAAACGAACUUGAGCAACUUCUUGCUGCUGACGCUGACCUCGUUUGCCAAGAGCUGAAUGCUUCGUUGGACGCUGUUCAUGCCGAGAUGUCAGACAACGAAGUCCCAGUAACUCCUCCAAGAAGGUCUCGCAGCCCCCGAAAGCCAAGUCCUGGGAGGAACAACAUUGAUCAAGACGUAUUCAAAAUACCAACUCGUAUAGGAAACUCGCCUUCACGAGGAACAGAGAUUAACACUGCGUCAAUGACCUCCUCUAGCGAAUCUGCAGUCAUGUCCAGCAGAAUGUCUAUGACCAAGAGUACAGAUAGUGCCUCACCAAAAUCAAUGCGCAGCAUGGAUUCGGGAAUCGCUGGUGCUGAAAUGAACCACAGCGAAGCUGGUCCAGACAUUGCUCCACACGAGGAGCAAUUUGUCUCGGGCACUGAAGAGCUUUUCAAGGACCCGUCAGCCUUUGACUUUUUGUCAAAAUUUGGAGGAAGUGAUUCUUCAGCUUCUAGGCUAGAGAGAGAAUCUCUUUAUGUCAAGUUCGACCCUCUAGUGGGCAACAGAGACAGGAGGGUUUUCUUGUCUCCUUGCAUUGAAGCAAGCCCUAGAAGUGAGGACAAUGUAGAAGCCACUCCAGAAGCGCCAGGCAAGCGGGCAUUAAGGUCAGAAACUCCUCUCACCAGCCGGCAUGCAGUUGGCCCGCUGGUCCAAAUAGCUACUCCAGUGAAUGAAACAGAGACUCCUGCUGCCAAGUCAGAGCCAGUUUCACAGAGCAAUUCAAAAGAUGCCGAGACAGAAGCAUUGCAACAGAUGGUUGUUCUGCACAAAAAAGAGAGCGAUGAGUUAAAAAAACUCAUGACUUCGCAGAUACAGGACUACGAAGAGAAGUUGUCAGCCUUGCAAGCCAAGUUGAAACAAAAGACUGAAGCUGAAGAACAAAUGAGUUUGGUUAUGAAGGAGUAUGAGGACACAAUAUCGCGAAUCCUGGCUGAAAAAGAGAAGGCUAUGGAAAAGGCUCAGGAAGACAGGCAAAAGUUGACUGAGGAGCUGGUAAUUAUCCAGUCAGAUCUCUCAGCUGCAGAAGUGGCAUUUUCCGACCUCCACCGGAAGUACGAGAGGGCCAAGAGUGCAAUAGAAGUCUUCAAAUCAAAUGAAAACACUCUCAAACAGUCCAACCUCCAAUUCCAAGAGCAGAUCAAGCAAGCAGAAAAGAGGUACUUGGUCCUCAAAUCCCACGCUGAAGAUAAACUCGAAGAAGCUGCCAAGGAAAAUGAAGCCUUGGUGAAGACUUCUGAGCUGGAAAUGAGUGCUUUGAAGGCACAGAACGCGCAGCUAAAGGCCCGCAAUACAACUCUGGUGGAAACCCUUGCCAUGAGGGAACGUGAGAACCAAGAACUGAUGACCAUUUGUGAUGAUUUGGUGCAAAAACUUGGUACCCAGAGUCACUAACUGAGUAAGUGCUUAUGUGCUUCUGUCCUUCGAUUUUGGUUCUGUUGUUUCUUUCAAAGCUUUUUAUCACUCCAAGAGGCCUUAAAUCUGUUUAUUUAAUCUUCUGCAAUCAGUAGUACUCACCAGGUACUCACUUGGCCUUUUUUUCUGUAGUUUUCAAAUUAUUUCAAGUUUGCCGCCGUAGAGAUAUAUCACCAUUAAUUAUUCGGCGUCUAGUACUCUAUGAUAUUUUACGGAAAGAUUAAUUACAAGAAUAUUCAGCUCAGUAAAUUAAUAUAAUAUUGUAAAAAAAUAAAAUAUUGUAAACUGAAUGAAAUCUGUAAAUCAACUCAAUUUUGGUCUACACUUGUGUGGUCUUGAAAUUAUUAAUCUUAAAGCUUUCAAAUGCCACUGUUUCUUCAAUGUAAGAAUUAUUGUUGGAUUGCAGUAUUGAUGAGUGAAUUGAUUUUAUUUUUUUACCACGGUCAUAAACAAUUUUUCUCUAAUUUAACUUGUGCGAAAGUCUUACUCGUAUGGAAAUAUGUAUUGGACAUUUUUGUCUACCCUGCAAGUCAUUUCCAAUGUGUGAAGCAGAUUAAUAUUGCCGCUCUAAUUUGUACAGAUCAAUGAAGUCCAAACAAAAAUAAAGUUCUUAGAUUAAAUCUGAUUUA